AUGACGGCCGCACCCCCGCAACCAACUCGAUGGACGAAAUACUUUGGUGAUAUCUAUGGACUUGCAGAGCCGCCUGUUCUAGGCUCUUUCGCAGUGAAAGAGAUAGAGGACAGAGCCCGGGAGGUAAUGAAAGAUCAUCUCCCGGCAUACAUGUACACAUUUGGGAGCGCAGGAACGUGCUCGACAGACGCUGAAAAUAGGCGUGCCUUUAACCGGUGGAAAAUUGUCCCUGCAAUGCUCAAGGACUGCACUAACCGAAAUGUUGAAACAACGAUAUUUGGACAGAAAUUCCACACGCCUCUUUUCAUCGCACCCGUAGGUGUACAGGGUAUCUUGCAUGCAGACGGAGAACUCGCAACUGCCAGGGCUGCUGCUGCCUGCGGCAUCCCUUACAUCAUGAGCUCGGCGUCAUCCAGGUCAAUCGAGGAUAUCGCAAAGGCAAACGGGCCAAGCGGCCAACGGUGGUAUCAGCUCUACUGGCCGCGUACGGACGAGAUAACUAUAUCCCUUCUCAACCGUAUCAAAGCUGCAGGCUUCUCUGCGCUUGUGAUCACGCUCGACACCAUGCUCUUGGGCUGGCGUCCACACGACCUUGACACUGCCUAUAUACCCUUCUUCUAUGGCGUCGGCAUACAGGUUGGCAUGUCUGACCCCGUGUUCAUGAAGCGCUUCGGGUAUGAACCUGUGCACGAGACCACCAAGUUCCCUUUCGAGUCAGAGAAGAUUAGAAACGCGGCGUUGAAUGAAGGUGAUGCGAAUGCCCAAAAAGCCAUGAAACUGGGCAAGGCAUGGCUCGGAGAAAUCAACUCGGGCACUUUCAGAUCCUGGGAGGAUCUACAAUUUAUCAAAGAUCACUGGGAUGGACCUAUCAUUCUGAAGGGGAUUCAGCGAACGUCCGACGCGGAGAAAGCUAUUGAUAUGGGUAUUCACGGGAUCAUUGUGUCCAACCACGGUGGACGGCAAGUCGAUGGUGCCAUUGGCUCGUUGGAUGCAUUAGCCAAGAUCAUGCGCUCGCCCAAGGUCCUCGAUGCGCAAACGAACGGCAACCUGACGGUGCUCUUCGACUCUGGUGUUCGCACAGGCAGUGACGUCAUCAAGGCCAUGGCACUGGGUGCACAGGGUGUUCUCAGUACAAUUCUAGUCGCCCGUCCGUUCAUGUACGGUCUUGCCAUCGCCGGACAAGCAGGAGUCGAACAAGUUUUGAUGCAAACUGUGGCUGACAUGCAUAUCACGAUGGGUCUCUGCGGGUACAGUGAUGUCAAUGACCUUAUUGGGAAGCAGGACGAGCUUCUCGAACUCGUAGAUAAUUGA